GAAAACGGGGGGGCCCGCCGCUCCAGCAGCAGCCGCCUGCAGAGCAAGAAGCCCCCCAACCUCUCCAUCGUCAUCCCCCCCCGGGAGGCGGAGGAGGAUGGCGCCCGCAAGGAGCCCUCCAGAGUCCCCAUCUACCGAAAGAGCAAGAGCCUGCAGGAGCCCCGCUCGAAGGGAUGCGAAGGCUCAGAGCGCCAGCCCGGCUUCCGCCGGCAGACUUCCCUGUCCCAGAGCAUCCGCAAGGGCACGGCGCAAUGGUUUGGCAUCAGCAGCGACUGGGAGGGGAAGCGGCAGCAGUGGCAACGCAAGAGCUUGCAGCACUGCAGCAUGAGAUACGGCAAGCUGAAGCCUGCCUACCGCGACAUGGAGCUGCCCAGCCAGGAGGUGCCCUCCUUCCAAGGCACCGAGUCGCCCAAGCCCGCCAAGAUGCCCAAGAUCGUGGACCCGCUGGCCAGAGGCCGUCCCUUCCGCCAUCCUGAUGAGACCGACCGUCCCCACACGCCCCACCACGUCCUGCCCCCGCUCACCCCCGGCGUCGUCUCCUUGGCAUCCUUCAACAGCAUCCGCUCCGGCUACAGCCGCCUGCCACGCAGGAAGAGGGAGUCCGUCGCCCACAUGAGCUUCAAGGCGGCGGCAGCCCUUCUCCGCGGACGCUCUGUUCUGGAGCCGCUGGCUCCCAAGCAGAGGAGCAACAAGAGGAGCUUCGUGUACCCCAGCUUCAUGGACGAGGACAUGGUGGACGCUGCUGAUACCCUGGACUCAUCCUUCUUCAGUAAGAUGGACAUGCACGAUGAGACAUACUCCAUGCCUGAUGAUGUCUUUGAGUCACCGCCUCUGUCAGCCACGUAUUUACGCAUGCACCCAGUGGGGGAGGAUGCCAGGGCAUCCCCCGAGGUGGAGCAGCCUACCCCGCGGGAAGGCGUCCGGCUGACUUCGGCCGCUGCCAGUGUCGGCCCCGGCCCGGCUCCCCGGCGAGGCAGGCGCAUCGCUUCCAAAGUGAAGCACUUUGCCUUCGACCGCAAGAAACGCUACUACGGGCUGGGGGUGGUGGGGAAGUGGCUGAACAGGACGUACCGCCGCAGCCUGAGCAGCAUCGUGCAG